UGCGUGCGUGCGCGCGCCGCCGCCGCUGCUGCUGCUGCCGCCGGCGCUGCCCCUGCCCGGUCACACCGCCGCCCGCCGGAGCCGCGCCAUGCACGGCUCGCCCUGCUCGGAGAUGGGAGAUGCGUCCGCGGUUGACAUUGUGGACAUCUAUGAGUCUAUCCGUGAAAGGCAGCGUCAUGACAGCGAAAGGUCCACCUGCAGCACCUUGGAGCAGAACGACAUUGAAGCUGUUGAAGCGCUUGUUUGUAUGAGCUCCUGGGGUCAAAGAUCGCAGAAAGGUGAUAUAUUAAAGAUAAGGCCACUUACGCCCUUCUCGGAUUCUGGUGAUUUCACAAUGCACACUGAGGCUACAUCUGAAUUACCAAAGGACUAUUUAUCUACACUGUGCAUGACCCCUCCACACAGCCCUGACUUUGUUGAGAUAUCAGCUGCUAUGCUCCUCUCCUCACAAGUCACUUAUUCCAAACCAAGGACUGUCAUGGCAAAUACAGCUGCCUGCUCAGUCACAUCGGCGACCGGUGCCUCUCCCAUAACCAAGUCAUCUGUUAUCAAUGUGGAGCGACAGUGCAGUCAGAAGCCAGUGAUGUCUGAAUCCUUUGCCCCUCAGCCUUGCAGAGCCAUGGCAACAAGUGUCAUACGUCAUACAGGUGAUAGUUCUGCUUACCAUCACAUUCCUGCUGUGCAACAGAAAACAAAGGUAACUUCAGGCUACGGCACUUCCAGAGACUGGUGUGGAGUGGAUGACCGAAGACAUUCCAGACUGCCACAGGACACGUGUGCAGCGGAUGAUUUAAUUAACAAAACCUCUCCAGUACAUCAGCCUUAUGCACAUGACUCCAGUGAUGUUGUGACCAAUAAAGGACAACUACCCGUCCGGCCCGUUUCGCCACAGACCCACGUACCAAAGAAUUGUGAGAAUGACUUGCAAAAAAGAGCUACCCCUGUGACACCUGCCCCCGUUUCAAGCCCCCAGGUUCUCUGUCAAAUGAUCCCUUUAAACGGACAAGGCAGUAUGAUCAAUGCCUAUGUCAAGCCUUCAACUCCAACAGUCUCAACUCCCAUGAAACCUAUUUUACCGCAUACAGCCCCGCUCUCUCAGCCUGUACUCAUGGGACCUUCUGUGCCUCAGGGGACCGUCAUGUUGGUUCUUCCACAGACUGCUGUCACACAGACACCGCAGUGCCCGCAAACAGUAAUGACUGUUGGAAACACCAAGUUGCUGCCCCUUGCCCCUGCUCCUGUGUUCAUUGCUUCUGGUCAAAGCUGCGCCCCCCAGAUGGACUUUUCUAGACGGAGGAAUUAUGUUUGCAACUUUCCUGGGUGCAAGAAAACCUAUUUCAAAAGUUCCCACCUCAAAGCCCACCUUCGCACCCAUACUGGAGAAAAGCCUUUCAGCUGCAACUGGGACGGCUGUGACAAGAAGUUUGCCCGCUCAGAUGAACUGUCACGCCACCGUAGAACUCACACGGGAGAGAAGAAGUUUGCUUGUCCUGUGUGUGAGCGUCGCUUCAUGCGCAGCGAUCACUUGACAAAGCACACCCGCCGCCAUAUGACCACAAAGAAGAUCCCCAGCUGGCAGACAGAGGUUGGCAAACUCAACAGAAUUGCCACAGCAGAGAAACCGAAAAGCAGCAGUGCUCUGAGUAUGCUCAUCCCUGUGCCAUCGUCUGUCUGUCAGGGCUAGUGAGAGAAAGCUCCCUCUCUACAAACUUCCUGAAGAUCAGGAAGAGCUCUGAUGGUUGCAACAGAACUGACAAUGUUUUUUUUCCCCAUGUUUGUGCAUACUUAAGUUUCCUUCAGUUUAGGUCCUCUGUUAAUAAUCCUGUGUGAGAAAUCUUAUCGUAUCUUUCCUCAUCCCUUCCCUAUUUGUUUUUUUCAAUACUUGGGCAAAUGCAAUCACCAGCACUUCAGGAAAGCAGAACUUUUUGGAAAUGAUUUUGGCAAUAGGUUAAAAAAAGUCACUUGUAAUGCUUGCUGUUAAUAUUUUGAUGGACAGUAAAACAGGGUGAUUUUUAAUUUUUAUACUAGUAUUUUCUAUACCAAAUGUAUUUUGUAUUUAUUCAUUUUGGUCUUGAUAUGCAGGCAGAUUACUUGACCUGCAUUAGUAGGGGUGUGCAGGAUGAGACCCAGAGUUUUGGAAACUCCUUUUCAGUAAACCUAAAGAAUUGCAUUCAGAGCAUUUUGUAAACAUGUAAUAUUUGAUAACUCAUAGUGGUUGAGAUUUUCACACUUGCAGAUCCUGAUUCUGCAGUGGGCUGGUGCUGUUACACCUUCCUUACACAGGUGAUGCUGGAGGUUUGAGAUUGAAAUGUGUCAUCAUUUUUGAAACAAAGCAAACCAGAAUGACUUUCUUUCAGAAAACAAGUGUUGAAAUCCUCAACAUUUUAUGAAUUCAUACCCUUUGCAAGUGGAAGCCGUUGUGACUUUUGGUAGAAGUUUGACAUACUGGGCAUUCCUGAGUCCACACUCCACUGGAGCAAAGUUUGGAGGAGCCAGACUGCUCUGAUGGAGGUAGAAGCACAAACACUGUUUAGAAAUUUUGACACUAAAAAUUAUGCUUUACUUUCGGUCCUACUAAACCAGCAUAUCAAAAUCUUCUGACAAAUGCAAAAAUGGAAAGAUAACCUGUGAAUAAUUAGCUGGGUCUCUGUUUAUAUUUUUUUUUUGAGUACAGAAGAAAUAGAAAAUUAAGUUUUUUUUAUGUAUUGUGGAUGCUUGUGCACCUUAUAGGAAAUUGUUCAAGGCUUUCAUUUACCUGUAUCAAAGCACCAGAAGAAGUACUAAUUGUGUCUUGACUUAAGAAAUAGCCACCAUGUCAACUUGAUGAUGCUCUUCAUGUGGCCUUAUACUUCUCCGCAGUACUUUGUAUAAAAUCACCCUUUUCUAUUAAAUGAGAUACUCUCCCUGU